UAAAAACUGCAUCAAAACUAGAACACAAACUACACUAAGAAAAUGAUUAUAAAUUGCACCAAAGAUAGACCAAAUCUGGCAAAAUGCUUAUUUGAGUUCUACAUGACUUAUUGAAAAAUCUAAGAAAAAUAAGUUCCUUAAAAAAUGUCAACGAGUGAGACUAUCUCCACCGAGCUUCUUCAUGCUCAAGAACAAAUUUGGAAUUAUAUUUUUAACUUUAUAAGUUCUUCAGCGGUAACAUGUGCAUUUCAACUAGGAAUCCCUGAUGUGCUCUACAAACAUGAAAAGCCCAUGUGUCUUUCUGAUCUUUCUGCUAAACUGUCUGUUGUCAAUUCUUCCAAAAUUUCCUUUUUGCCAAUUUUAAUGCGCUUUCUUGUGCAAUCUGGUUUCCUAAAUCAACAUGAAGAUCACUACUUUCUUACUCCAGCUAGUCGCCUUCUAGUGAAAAAUGAGCCGUUCAAUGUUAGGUCAUUCUUGCUUUUCACCAAUAUUCAAGCCUGCUCAAAAGCAUGGCAUGAGCUAAGUGAUUGGUUUCAAAAUGAUUCUCCCACUCCUUUUCAUACCGCUCAUGGAAAAUCUUUAUGGGAUUACAUGGGGGAAGAAAAACAUAGAGUACUAGGUGAUAUUUUUUAUGAUGCAUUGGCUAGUGACUCGAGGUUGAUUACCAAUGUACUUAUUACAGAGUGUAAACAUGUGUUUGAGGGGUUAACAUCGUUGGUAGACGUUGGUGGUGGCACUGGUACUGUGGCUAUAGCCAUAGCCAAAGCUUUCCCUAACAUAAAUUGUGCGGUACUUGAUCUCCCUCAGGUUAUAGGCGACCUAAAAGGAAGUGGAAAUUUGGCCUUCAUUGGAGGAGAUAUGUUCGAUAAGAUUCCUCAUGCUAAUGCCAUCUUACUCAAGAGUGUUCUACACGACUGGAAUGAUGAAAAUUGUGUGAGGAUACUGAAGAAAUGCAAAGAGUCAAUUCCAAGCAGGGCAAAAGGAGGGAAAGUAAUAAUCAUAGAUAUCGUAUUGGAGAAUCCAAAAGAGAGAAAUGAGUUUGUUCGAGCACAACAUAACAUGGAUAUGUUGAUGAUGGUUCUUUGUGGUGCCAAAGAGAGAACAGAGAAAGAGUGGGAGAAGCUCUUCAUUGAGGCCGGCUUCAACGAAUACAAAAUAUUUCAUGUUCUAGGUUUAAGGUCUCUUAUUGAAAUUUAUCCUUAAAGAGAGAACAUAGAAAGUUUUGUUCUCGUUUUAUUAUAUUAUUAGAUGAAUAAUUUGUUUUGAUUGUAAUAUAAAGUCAUUAUAUUACUAUAAAAAUGAGCUCUCUUAAUUCUUAAA